GAUGCGUCAGUGGCAACGUUGACAACGUAGCAACCAGAGCCUGCCAGCCGGGUGAUCUGACCAGUAUCCCCAGUAUGUCUAGUAUCACAUCGACGUUGUGAAGUUAAACUACCACCCACAACAUCUUCAGUAGUCUAAUCGUCGUCCAACAGGUGUCAGUCUGUCCUUCCUGGGGGUGUGAGUGUCCACGUGUACAGGAAGAAACCAGCUGCUGUUGACAGCUUUUGAGCUAAGGAAGGUUGUUUGUAUGACGACAGCCUAAGAGAUUUCAUAAGUUCACAUCCGGGAUAGAUCGCUGCUUGGCAGGAUGUCUGUCUUAAGCCAGGUGUGGUGCAGGAGUCUCCUGUUGUGCUCCCUGCUCUGCUCUGCGCUCAUCCAAUUACAUGCACGGCCUGCCAACAUGUCCGCGUUGAGGGAGAAGAACGCCAACACUAAAGAUGAAAACGAGAUCCUGCCCCCAGACCACCUGAAUGGGUUGAAGAUGGAGAUGGAUGGACACCUGAACAAGGAUUUCCACCAGGAGGUGUUCCUUGGUAAAGAGAUGGAGGAGUUUGACGAGGAUUCGGAGCCGAGACGAAACCGAAAGAAACUAAUUGACAUCUUUACCAAGGUGGAUUUCAACGAGGACAAGAGUGUCAGCGCCAAGGAAAUGCAGAGAUGGAUCAUGGAGAAAACCAAGGAGCACUUCCAAGAGGCCGUCAGGGAGAACAAGCUCAGCUUCAGGGCAGUGGACCCUGACAGAGACGGUCAUGUCACAUGGGACGAGUACAGAGUCAAGUUUCUGGCCAGCAAGGGACUCAAUGAAAAGGAAGUUGCGGAGAAGAUAAAGAACAACGAAGAUCUCAAGGUGGACGAGGAGACUCAGGAGGUUCUGGAGAGCCUCAAAGACCGCUGGUUCCAGGCCGACAGCCCUCCGGCCGACCAGCUGCUCAAUGAGGAGGAGUUCCUCUCCUUCCUCCAUCCGGAGCACAGCCGGGGCAUGCUCAAGUACAUGGUGAAGGAGAUCGUCCGCGACCUGGACCAGGACGGCGAUACGAAGCUGACGCUGUCGGAGUUCAUCUCCCUGCCCGUGGGCACGGUGGAGAACCAGCAGGCGCAGGACAUCGACGACGACUGGGUCCGCGAGAGGAAGAAGGAGUUCCUGGAGGUCAUCGACGCCGACGGAAACGCCAUCGUUACGAUGGAGGAACUGGAAGAGUACAUGGACCCCAUGAACGAGUACAAUGCGCUCAAUGAGGCCAAGCAGAUGAUCGCGGUGGCGGACGAAAACCAGAACCAGAACCUGGAGCUUGAGGAGAUCCUGAAGUACAGUGAAUACUUCACCGGCAGCAAGCUCAUGGACUACGCCAGGAACGUUCACGAGGAGUUCUGAACAUCAGGCCUGCCGUAACAGCCCCCCACCCCCCAUUCCCUCUUGAACUGAACUACUCGGUGUGGGGGGCGGCUAACUAACUCAUACUCUGUUCUAUGUUCAAUCCUGUGCUUGAAGCCUCCCCCCCCCCCCCCCCCCACACACAACUCAAAGCGGACUCAGACCAAGAUGUUUAAAUAUUGUAAUUGCUGCCUACUGUCAAUUGGGCACUACCAUGCUCUGCCUACAGUCCAGUCUGCAUUAUUGUGUGUGUGUGUGUGUGUGUGUGUGUGUGUGUGUGUGUGUGUGUGUGUGUGUGUGUGUGUGUGUGUGUGUGUGUGUGUGUGUGUGUGUGUGUGUGUGUGUGUGUGUGUGUGUGUGUGUGGAAAAAACACUCUGGAUAUUGUCCUUGUUAUUGAGCCGAAAUUCAUUAUUAGUAGCAAGUCUUUCUUCCAGUUACUGGAUUUAAUUCUGCAAUCACUGUUUGGUUUUGACUGGUAUAGUUGUAUACAAUGUAAAUACUUGCCCAUUUACAAAAAUUCAUGCCUCUGGCAGACGGACUGAAUUAAAAAGAACAGUUGAAUGUGAUGCCGCUGAAAGGACUACACCCUCAGAGAGCCACUGGUAACACGUCCAGUAUACAACUGAAGCACAAUGAAUUAGUCACCUCCCCAUUGUUUCUGCCUUCAAAGUAUUGCGAGACGAAUAAUUGAUACGUUCGACCGUCCCUGUGCCAUGACUCUCCUCCGUCCCUCGAAACGUCAAAUCAAUUGAUUGAUCGCUUUUCUGUCAAUACUUUGAAAGAGGGUGUAGAUUUGAAAAGUCAGAAGUAUAUUUAAUGAGAAAAAUAAACCUAUUUAACCAAUCUUCAUUGAUGGACAAAAACUGUAAAUAUAUCAUGAACGCAAAUACUUAGGCUACUCAUUUUGAAAAUGUGAAUACAUCUAAAACGGCUGUUCUGUUUUCCUACCAGCCAACCAUCUAAAUAAUUUGUCCUUGUAUUAAUAUUAAAUAUAUUACAUUUAUAAAGCUUUCAAAUAUCACAUGGAUUUGUUUUAGUCAGCAUCUUUGAUUCUGAGUUUUUGUUGCACUGAAUUCCAACUUAAUUUAAUUAAAAGUUCCAGGGGUCCUUGAUCACAAACUAUAAGCAGAUCGUUGAAUGUUUUCCUCCUUGUGUUCUGUAAUGCUCAAGCAAACUCAUCUGAACUGCAAAAUACCCUAAUAUGUUCGGAGAAUGUGAUAAAACUUUAUUAAAAAUCGUAUUGCGAAUGGA